AUGUCUCUCGAAAGAACACUUUCUAUUAUUAAACCUGACGCUAGCAGAAUGAACCUAAUUGGUGAAAUUAUUAAUAUGUUAGAGAAAAAAGGAUUAAAAAUAAUUGGAAUGAAAAUGGUUCGUUUAACUUCUCAGCACGCCGAAAUUUUCUAUCACGAACACCGUGAAAAAUCUUUUUUUAAAGAUAUGGUAAAUUUUAUGUGUGGUUCGCCAGUAGUAGUUAUGUGUUUAGAAGGAGAAAACGCCAUAAAACUUAAUCGAGAAAUUAUGGGAGCAACUAACCCCCACGAAGCGAAAGUGGGAACAAUUAGAAAAAUGUAUGGAGAAAGCAUUGAUGCUAAUGCUGUUCAUGGUUCGGAUAGUCCGCAGGCAGUUGAAAGAGAAAUAAAAUUAUUUUUUAAGGAGGAAGAAAUUUUUUCUCAGCAGCCAUUAAUAACGCAAUGUUUUCGUUGCAAACAAGUAAUUGGGAUUAAGUUUGUUCCACCAUUGAAAACUUAUAGUCAUAAAAAUACCAAUUGUGGUUGGCAAGAAAUUAUUACUUAUUCGCUCAUUUCGGAAGAAAUGAAAAUGAAGUUUGGAAAGCAAGAAAAAGAGUUUUUUCAGUUAUUAAUGCCUAAAAGUGAAUACCACAAAUAUUACCGGUUGAAAUUAGUUCCCAGUCAUUUAAAAACCAUAAACUAUAAUCUUGCCCAUGGUAAUAAAAAUCUCUUUUUUUUUGAAAUUAGUUCAGUUGCUAGUCCUACCGGUCAAGAAGAGUUGCUUAUUUUGAGUGGAACUGGUAAAAUAAUUAAUCAACCACUUCACCAACUAAUUCAAGAGUUAGAUUUUUAUGGAAUAAAAGGGGUUGCCGAAAUCCGGCUCCGAAAAGAAAAAGUAGGUUUUGUGGGUCGCCUUUGUCCCAAAAUAGUUCAAAAUUAUCAAAUAAACCAACCGGUAUUAGUUGCCCAACUUUCUCUCAGCAAAAUAUUUGACUAUCUUGCUAACUUCGCACCUCAAACAGUUUAUCGGCCAGUUGCUAGUUUCCCGACUAGUGAAAAGGAUUUAUCCUUUAUCUUUCCUAAAAAUGCUGACUAUAACGAAAUUAUUUGUGAAAUCAAAAAUAUUGGAGGGGGAAACUUACAAGAAGUAAAUUUAUUUGAUACUUAUCGGAGUGAUGAAAUGGUAAAAGCGGGGCAAAAAUCAAUGACUUUUCGUUUAACUUUCCAAAGUUUACUUGGGACAUUAAAAAACCAAGAAAUAGAAAAGAUUACCAAUUCGGUUCGGGAAAGAAUAGAAAGAAUAUUUGCUGCUAAAUUAAGAGAUUAA